CAGCGCACGUGACGAGCGGUCUUUGCGAUGACCUCAUCCCUGGUGUGGGAUGACGUCAAAUUCAAGAUGGAUGGAAUCACGACAAGCAGGCUGAAAGCUACACAACACUGAAUAAAGUCCUGGCUGCGUGGAGGCGAGACCGUUUUCACGACGGGAUGGCCAUGGAGAGCCUCGUGCAUUACAGCAACCCCUCCCAUGCCCUCUCAGUGUUGGGGCUUCUCAACGAGCAGCGGCUGCGGGGCCAGAUGUGCGAUGUGGUCCUGAUUGUGUCAGACCAAAGGUACCAGGCCCACAAGAGUGUUCUUGCUGCCAGUAGCGAGUACUUCCAGUCUCUUUUCACACGGAUGGACGGAGACUCACUACGAGUUGUGAACCUGGACUUCUGCGAACCCGACGCCUUCGAGAUAGUUCUGAAUUACAUUUACUCCUCCUCUCUUUUUGUGGACAAAGGGAGCCUGGCAGCCAUUCAAGAGCUUGGCUACAGCCUUGGAAUCCCGUUUCUUACAAACAUUGUGUCAACGAGGCCUCACGCGUCCUACUGCGUGUCCAGAAAGCGUCUCUCGUACUCGGAGGGGGAUGAGAACGAUGCCCAGACAAGGAGCGUUAUUGUGUGUCGGGUCCAAAACAACACAGCCCACCCCUCUCACUCAAAUUAUCAGGGAAAAACAUCAGAGAGAUCUCCAUCUCCUUACUCUCCUCGAGGGGCGGCUCAGCUUCUAUCCGAACACAACUCACAUGAGUCGGUCAAGAACUCUGAGACCAGUGGGAAAUCAUCCGAGCAGAGCAAACCGCCGGAGAGGAAGUCCAGAUAUCCAUAUUCCACCAUACUGAAAGAAAAUUUAUCACACAUCAAAUCAGUCAGGCCUCAGCUGACAUCAUCGGUGUCUUUUAGUGACGCUGAUGUGCAGCACAUCAGCCUGCAGUCUGGUUCUGACCAGGAAACCAAAGAGGAGAUCGAAGAGCUCGACUACCGCUACCGUAAUAACGUUCCCUUCCAGGGUCAGGCCAGAGAGCGGAGCCAGGCCACUGACCGGAGCGGCCCACUCAUAAAAAGCCUUCUCCGGAGAUCACUGUCCAUGGACAGCCCUGUUCCAGUUUUCUCCCCAACGCUGGAACUCAAAGAUCUCCAAAACCGAGAACAAUCAGUCGUCAAAAUCGCCUCAAAGGCAUCAGGAACUGAAACAUUUGCCCACAAUGGCAACUCGACUAGAGCGUCCCCUCUGGUUCUCAGGUCCAAGUAUCUCAACAGGUAUGACAAGGAAACUCAGGUAGAAGGACACGUCAGUGUGAAAGCCGAGCCGAGCAGUCCCCUCGCCGAUCCCAUGGACAUUGUUCGGAUCACGGUCGGAGAUGCUCUGCCAGUUAAUCUCAAAGACUUGCAAACAAAUUACAGCCAGGGCUCCAGGACAGAUUUUAAUCUUCCAGGUAAGAGGAAGGAGCGGCCUGACAACAGAAGGUACCCAUUUAAGAAAAGUAAAGUAUUCAAAGAACACGUUGCUUCACAGGAGACCGAACUUCAGCAUGCAAAUAGCGACCCCGGUGAGAACAACGCAGAACCACCUCCCAAUAAGAUUUUUAAAUGCUGGAACUGCCUGAAGGUUUUCCGCUCCAGUGCCGGGCUGCAUCGUCACGUCAAUAUGUAUCACAACCCGGAGAAGCCGUACGCUUGUGACAUCUGCCACAAGCGCUUCCACACUAACUUCAAAGUGUGGACUCACUGCCAAACCCAGCACGGGGUGGUUCAGAACCCAGCGUCGUCCUCCAGCUCGUCUGUGCUGGACGAGAAGUUCCAGAAGAAGCUGAUAGACAUUGUGCGAGAGCGAGAAAUAAAGAAGGCUUUGCUCUGGAAGCUGAAGAGGAAUAAGCAGGGUUUGCAAUCUCCUUCUCUUGCCAAAAAGAGAUCAAGGUCCAGCUUUGUGUGUCCCUACUGCGGCAAAGUGUUUGUGUUCCAGUCCCAGUACAGGCAGCAUUUAAGGACACAUCCUGCUGAAAAGCCUGACCAGGACACGGGGAGUGAGAGCGUCGUCUGUCCGGAACAGGAUGAGAUCCUUCAACAGGACAACACAGACACUGGCGUUUACUCCUGCAGGCUAUGUAAUGUUAAGCUGUCAUCAAUCGUAGAGCAGGGCGACCACGAGAGAGGCUGCCGACACGCAACCGUGUGCCCGUACUGCGGCCUCCGCUUUUCCAGCCCGGUUGUCAAGAAGGACCACGAGGCCCAUUGCAGGUACAAGAAACUGACAUGCCUGGAGUGCAUGCGCACCUUCAAAUCUUCCUUCAGCAUUUGGCGCCACCAGGUGGAAGUCCACAACCAGAACAUGAUGACUGGUAAAAAUCAGAUUCACCUGAAGCAACCAGAGAACAACGAAGAGGCGCCCGACGCCCUGGGAGAGGAGCCUUACAGCGACGAGCCUUCGGCGCCUGGGAACUUUCCAGAGAACAUCAGUUACAGCGACUCGUCGGGUCCACCCAUGUAUGACUCGGAGGACUCCUCGUCCUACGUGCCCGAGGACCUGAGCAUGGGCCACCACGGCAAACUGGUUGUGAAGGAAGAGCCGCUGGAGGAGGCGGUCAGUGAGAGGGACGGUUCAGAGGCUGGGAAAGCCGGGCUUGAGGAACACGGGGUGCGGCCCUGCGAGAAGUGCGGCAACCUUUUCAGCUCCCGCAAAGACCUGGAGCGACACCAGGAGCUGCUGUGCCACAUCAAACCGUUCAUCUGCCACAUCUGCAACAAAGCUUUCAGGACCAACUUCCGCCUUUGGAGCCACUUCCAGUCCCACAUGUCGACCGCCAGCAAGGUGGGAGCCAAAGAGAUGAGCAUGCACGCUCCUCCGCUGUCUCCCUCCCCGCCUCUGACCCCACAGAACUCCGAGCGGCGCUCUCCACAAGCCUCUGUGCUCAGGUCCCCUCAGGCACCAGCAGCGGCGACCAUCCCGGAGGAGUCGAGCAGCCCAGAGCCCUGCGGCUCGUCGGCGGGCAAGGCGAGCAGGCCCGGGUCGGAGCCCAGCGGCCACGGUGGCUCCCUGUCCAGAUCCAACAGCCUGGAGAAUCCAGGCAGCCCUCACGAGCCGGACACGCUCUUCUACCACGCGCCGUCUCUGUCUGCGCUGACGUUUAAGAGGCAGUACAUGUGUAAGCUCUGCCACAGAACCUUUAAGACGGCAUUCAGCCUGUGGAGCCACGAGCAGAGCCACAGCCACAUGUAGGGCCGACGGCGCCGCCUUUCCCCAAACGCCUCACGUUAAGAUGAGCACAUCCCGGCGUCCACGAACCAGACUCUGAAUGUAAAGCUUCUUUGCUUGCCUCCAGUUGUAUAUUUCAAAGUGGCCAUGUUUAUUAAAGGUGUAAAGAUGAAUGUGCAAUCAAUUGCUAGGUCCCUCUGAGAUGAUUAUAAAAGAAGGUUAAUUCUUUGAAAACUCGUAUAAGGAUAUAUCUUUUCAACAUCUUUAGUUGUUUGUAUUUACCCAAGUAUGUGUUUUGUAAAAACAAGGUACAGAGUUGUUGCCCUCUUUAUUUCAGCUGGUUUUUCUUUAUUUGUAAAUGUGCAGCUGAAGAAGAAACGGCCGCGUACCUUUGUUUUUGUUUUUUUAGAGUGUGUGUGUGUGUGGAAGUGUUUUAAGGUUUUCAAGCUGCUACUAAAGUAACUAAUAAUGCUUUUGCAUUUAUGUUGGCUCUUUCUCUUGGUGUGAGUGGCGUCCCUUAAGAUACUAUCGGUGGCCUCGAUGAUGUAAUCAAUAUGCACUUUGUUUAAAAGCUAAACUCCGUUAUAGGACAACGCGGACAGCCGUGCUUCAGAUCAUCUAGUUGUUUGAAGUGAAAAUGAAAUGUUAAAAAUGAUCUGUUUUUCUCAGAAUGCCUUUUCAACAUUCAAUGUGUUCACUGGAUAAGAUUUCCUGUGUUGUUAAACAAGAUCAAGCAUGUAGUUAAUGGAUGUUUCUAAUAAUUAUCCCAAUAAAUAACGUUCAAUUAGGCGGUCCAGUCCAAUCAUUAAUCAAGUGUUCUUAUCAAUGGAGGAAAAGAUGUAGAAAAGGCAUUAAAUAAACUCACCUUUUACGGCUGCAGCACUCUGAAGAAAAUGGAAAACUACAACCUUUAAGAAGAUUUAACUAUUAUUUCCCAGUUUAAGGAAUCUUUGUUUUUAACCAGGUUUCUAGUCCGGGGAAGAAGGUAGAUUUAGUGAACCAGUUCAGUGUUGAUUAUGUUUCAGAUAAGAUUUCAAUAUGCAAAGCACUCCAGCUUGUUUUUAAACCAAGCAGAAUAAAUGUGUUCACUUUAAAAAAUUUGAUUUUUCUAAAUUCCAAGUUUCUUAUGUUGCUGCUGCAAAAAGAAUGAAUUUAUAUUAAGUCUUUUUUCCACCUUUCGCCAGGCCUGCCAACGCAUUUCUGCCAGUUGGAACUAAAAGAUGAUGAUACGGUUCGUGUUUUUUUAGCUGUUUUUUACUGUCUAACCUUAAGAUUCUGCAAACUGUUUCUGUUUCUCAACGCUUUUCGCGUUUAAACCUGCGGAACCAUUCAUAUGGACAACCAAACGCUGAUGGAUUUACUCAUGCUUUACACUGUUUUGAUGGCCUUAUGUGGUUUUUUGUUUUGUUUUAUUGUUUAUCUUAUAAUAAACACAUAAAAGCACAAAUAAUUUUCAGAGAACUUGUGACUCAGGCAUUUUAAGGUGGUUAAUGUUUGGAUGGAGUAACCCACAACGAGAUGAUCGAAUUUAUAAAAAAGAAAAGAAAGAAAAAAAAAGAUGAUUAUGAUUGUAUUCCAGCGGUUUUACAGUUGUAUUUAGUAUAUAUUCCUGCUUUGUUGGAUUAAAUCUUUGUCAUAAUUUAUCCUGACUGCUGCCGUUUAGAGGAAGUCAAAAUUGGUUUCUGUUUCUCAUUUUCUCAGCAGAAAAAAAAAGCUGCAUAGUGAUGUUCUGCAGAAAGUCUGUAUUGCUACUAGUGCUCUUAAUAUCUUGUGAGAAAAAAUAUUAAAGUUCCACCGAAUUGAUUCAAUUUGUGUAAAUGGAAGUGUUUGUAUUCUCAAUUUUGUACCUUUUUUUGGUUGUUUUGUUUUUGUUGGUAAACAGAAGUUGGAUCUUUUUACUCUUCCUGUGCUCUUACUGCAAUAAUUGAUAUUUGUAUCGGCAUUGGUUGCAUAAUUGUUGCUUUUGGAGACUUUGGUGUUGAAGUUUUCUACGUUUAUUUUGUGCUACACUUCUGCAAUAAAGAGUUAACAGUGGAGUAAAGAUAA